AUGUUGCGACGAGUCGAUUUUUGGAAAGAGGAACGUGAAGCACCUAUUCUACGUUUGAAUUACUCAUUUUUACCUUCUACGAAAAUUCUUGAGCGCAUCGAUGAUGACAUUGAGGAAACUUCGACUGGAAGUUUGAACUACGAACGAAUUAUUCGUCAUGAUGCCGAGCGUACAUUUGUGGGUCCCGCUCAACAAAGAACUUUGAUGGAAGUUUUAUCAUGUCUUCAAAACGAAUUCGGCUCCUAUCAUCAGGCAAUGUCCUAUGUAGCUGGUUUUCUUCUGCUCACUCAUUCGCCGUCCAAAGUGAUCGAAACUAUGCGUCAACUUCAUCGUACUGUUCUCGUCGGCUAUUGGACUGCAGAACCUGUUGCAUUCGCUAUCGAUGCUUACGUAUUUGACUAUCUUCUCGCGAAUCAUGAGCCAGAAAUUCACGAACAUCUCGCCAAAAAUUAUAUUUUCCCCGAAACUUACGCUCAAAAAUGGUUUACUACAUUGUGCGUCGGUGUUCUGCCGUUCGAAGCACUCUUCCUGUUUUUCGACACUCAUGUCACUCAAUCUUUGAUUGAAGCAUCAAAUAUUUUUCUAUUUCAAUUCGCUUUAAGCCUAAUGAAGCAUAUUCGAGAAGGCUUACUCAACAGCAAGAAAGUUGCCGACAUCUAUGGAUAUCUAAGAUUGGAUCCAUCGUUACCACUAUUCGAUCCGAAAGCCAAUGAUCUAACCAUAUCAAUAGUUCAACACGCAAAAGAUUACGAUUUGAGUCAAUAUGAUUUUGUUCAUUUACGCCAAAAGGUCUUCGAAGAAAAAUUAAAAGCACGAUUGGAAGCAGCCAAUCGAGCUCAUAAAGAAAACAAAGAAAGUCAGGAUUUAAUCGCUACAUCAUCGGACGACGAUGAGGAUGAAGAAGAAACUGUGCCAUCAACAAUGGAAAAUCUCGUUACUCACAUGAAACAAUUGCGCAUUGAAUAA